AUGGACGAAGAAAGAAAAAAUAGUAAGGCCGAUGGCCCAGCGCCUGAAAAUGUGGACGCCGAACCCAGCAGUCACUUUGAAAAACGCAAGGACAGCGUGUUCGACAAGCCAAUAGACCUGGACUAUGUGCUAGUGAACGAGAUAGGCCAGUUCGGCCGCUACCAGAUGUUCAACUUGCUGCUCGUGUCCGUCCCCAUCAUCAUGUCAGCCUUUAUGAGCGAGUACAUCUUCUCUGCUGCCGCUAUCCCGCACAGAUGCCGAGUGCCAGAAUGUGGAGAAACGAGUAAACUUGAGCAAUUCGAUAAUGACUGGGUUCGUGAUGCAAUUCCUGUGGCUGAUAACAACAACGGUUUUGUGAGCUGCGCGCGGUACACACCUAUUUACAGCAACGGUUCCUUGGACUACUGUCCCGCCUAUCUAUUUUCAGAGAACCAACAGAGUUGUGACAGCUACGUCUACGCUAGAGAUAAUUCCUGUGUUUAUGACUUCGAUUUGGGUUGUCAAGAUUGGCUCCGCGCUUUAGCUGGUACCUUGAGUAGCGUGGGUACUUUAUUGGUGCUGCCCAUCGCCGGUUACAUCUCCGAUACGUUUGGAAGGCGUGUGGCGCUUGUGAUCAGUGUCGUCAAUUUGGCUAUCUUUGGUAUCAUUAGAGCCUUCUCCGUCAACUACCCCAUGUACCUGGCCUUCCAAUUGUUACAAACUACUUUUGGUGCCGGAACUUUCAGCUCUUCUUAUAUCUUUGCUACGGAGUUCGUUGGACCCAAAUACCGAGUGUUGACAAGUGCAACCUGUUCUUCUAUGUUCGCCGUUGGUCAAGUGAUACUGGGAUCCGUAGCUUGGGUUGUCCAGCCUUGGAGAUACAUGAUCCUUGCGCUACACAUUCCUUGUUUCAUUAUCAUCGCAUACUACUGGAUUUUACAAGAGAGUGUGAGAUGGCUGCUGUCUCAAAAGAAGUAUGAUCAAGCUAAAGAUGUACUGCAGCGAGUCGCGAAACGGAACCGAAAACAGAUCAGUGAGAAGUCUUUGCAUGCGUUGAUGAACCCUUCCGAGCCUGUGAAGGUGGUAGAGGACGGGAAUGAGCCAAACCUCUUCCAAGCCAUUUUCCGGUCGAGUGUACUGCUCCGACGUGUCUGCACCACUCCCAUCUGGUGGAUCACCACCACUUUCGUGUACUAUGGCCUAUCCAUUAACGCCACCAGCCUGUCGGACUCCAUGUACUUGAACUACAUCCUGACUUGUGUCAUCGAGAUCCCUGGCUUCUACACGGCUGUGCUCAUCCUCGACAGGAUCGGCAGGAAGCCCACGCUUUCUGGCGGGUACUUGUUCAGCGCCGCCUGCAACAUCGCCUUCGCUUUUAUACCCAAUGACCUGUCGACACUGCGUCUGAUCGUGUACCUUUUGGGCAAGUUCGGUAUCUCGGUGGUGUUCACAUCGCUGUACCUGUUCACCUCGGAGCUGUAUCCCACGCAGUACCGGCACCGGCUGCUCGCCUUCUCCUCCAUGGUGGGCCGCAUCGGCUCCAUCACCGCACCACUCACACCAGUGCUCAUGGACUACUGGGAAGGUAUACCAUCCGUGAUGUUCGGUGGCAUGGGCAUUCUGUCUGGAAUCCUGGUGCUGACGCAGCCGGAGACGCUGGGCACCAAGAUGCCUGACACCCUCGCGGAAGCAGAGGCCCUCGGCAAGCCAGAAUCUAAAAUAAACACCUGA